UCCCCCCGCGGCCCCCCAAAAGUCGCGCACCAAAGGUCACUCUUACCCAGGGUCACUCCUGCGUGUAGCCGAGAGGAGUCUGCGCUGAGGCUCAGAGGAGGAAAAGGUACCCAUACCGCUACCCCUCCUUCGUUUUCCCCCCGCUUGGGCCUCUUGGGAGGCCCUCGUCUCCACUGCUGGCUUCGCCCCGAAAGUCUGGUCAGAACGCUUUCUGGGAGUGGUCCGGGGAGUAGCGGUAUCGGUACCUUUUGGUUUCCCCAGAGGCGGCGCCUGACGGUCCUGGACCUCAUCCUGAUGGGCGUUGGCGGCAGCGUCGGUGCUGGCAUCUUUGUGAUCUUCGGCACGGCGGUGCAGCCCACCGGCCCGGCGGUCAGCGUCUCCUUCUUCCUUGCCUCUUUUGCGAGCGUGUUCAGCGCGCUGUGUUACGCAGAGUUGGCCGCGAGGAUACCCAUCUCGGGCUCGGUCUACAUCUAUGCCUACGCCGCCUUCGGCGAGCUAUUAGCUUUGCUGGUCGGGGUCAACUUCAUGGUUGACAACCACUUCUCCGCGGCUCUUAGCAUAAUGAGCUGCGCAAACUACUUGCGCGGCACGGUGGCCUCAGAAUUCUCACCAGGGUACUUCCCGAGCUGCUUGGUGCUGUCCUUGCUGUUCGCGGUGCUCCUGACCGGGGUCUUGUCUGUCGGGGUGGAAAGUGGGCUCAAGAAGGCCAACGCCCUCCUGGUGUUCGGCAAGUUAACGAUCGUCCUCAUUAUAAUCGGCAUGGGCUCCACGAAGAUGCACCCAGAGAAUCUCCUCCCCUUCGCGCCCUACGGAGUAAUGCCCGUCAUAUCCACGACUUCGACAUGCACUUAUGCUUUCAUUGGCUUCGGCACCGUGGCGAGCGCCGCGGAAGAAUGCGUGAAUCCUCGUAGAGAUUUGCCGAUUGGCAUCAUUGUGUCUCUGCUUAUAUGCGCCUGCCUGUAUGUUGCGUUUGCCAUCGUGUUGUGUGGCAUAGUCCCGUUCAGGGAAAUAUCAGUCGAGGCGCCCGUUGUGGAUGCAUUUGGCCCUAAGUAUGCAAACAUACCAGCGGUUGACGCGCUUGUUGACUGGGGGUCUGUGCUUGGGCUGUUGACCACUGUGUUGGUUGGUAUGUACUCUCAAGCAAGAGUGUACCUGGCGAUGGCGCGGGACGGGCUCAUCUGCAGCUUCUUCAAGCGCGUGUCGCCGUCCUUCGGCACGCCGAUGCGGGCGCAGGUCCUGUGCGGUGUCCUGGCCGCGGCUCUCCUGUGCUGCGUGCCGGUGAAGAGGAUCGUUCGCUUCCUGAACAUUGGAACCCUCUCGUCCUACUCCGUCGUGUGCGCCGGCGUGCUCGCGCUCCGCGCUGAGCGGCCUGGGGCCGCCGCGCGCGCCAGCGGCAUGGUGUUGGCGGUCUCCACGCUGGCUUCGGCGGUGUCCUCACAUGCUGGGCCUUUGUUCGGCACAGCACUGCUGGCGCUGGUGCUCCUGAGCUGGCUGCCGCUGCUGUGGCAGCGCUACACCGUGCCGCUCACAUUCGCGUGCCCGCUUUGUCCGCUGCUACCCUUACUCGGCAUCACCAUCAACGGCUACAUGCUCUCGCAGUGCCCGUGGGAGGCAUGGCUGAGGCUCGCAGUGGUGACCGCCGUUGUGUGUGGGCUGUACGUCCCGCACGCCCUGCGGGCAGUGGACAGCAACGACAAUAGCCCCGCGCCUGAGGAUUCCGUCAGCAGCAGCAUCAUCAUCGAGGCUUGCGCCGCCGGGGCCCCCGGAGCCGCAGCGGGGGCGCAGGUUCGCCACUCGGCUACGCUUUAAGAGGGGCCCUUCGCCAGCGUGACCCCUGGUGCGGGCCCGCAGGGGGGUCCCGCCAGCACUGGCCGGCGCGCUCGGCCUGCUCUGAUUUGGCCGCCCCCGCGGCCCCCCGAAGCCGCGCACCAGAGGUCACUCUUGCCCAGAGGAGGAG